UAAAUGACUUGCAUUAUGUAGUACACAAUGACCUGGAUCCAGGCUGCAGGAUAACCUCCCCGUUCUCUUUGUCCUCCAGGGAUUUAAGUCAUAAUCACUUACUGUCAUCUAACUGGAGCAUUGAAGUGUCUAUUCACACGCUGCAAGAAGUGAAGAUGAAUUACAAUGAGCUAAGUGAAAUUCCGUACUUUGGAGAACCAACUUCAAAUAUUACUCUUCUCUCAUUAGUUCACAAUACCAUUCCAGAGAUAAAUGCCGAGCAACUCCAAGUUUAUCUUUCACUGGAGAACCUAGAUCUUAGCUUUAACCUCAUCUCGGAAAUUAAAGCGUCUUCGUUCCCGCGAAUGCAGUUGAAGUACCUGAAUCUGAGUAACAACAGAAUAACUACCCUGGAAGCGGGUUGCCUUGAUAAUCUUUCCAGCUCUCUAAUGGUGGUGAAACUGAACAGAAAUCGAAUCAGCGCGAUUCCACCAAAGAUUUUCAAAUUGCCUCAUGUGCAGUUCCUGGAACUUAAAAGGAACCGGAUUAAAACAGUGGAAAGUCUUACAUUCCAGGGUCUGGAAUCUUUAAAGUCAUUAAAGAUGCAGCGUAAUGGGAUUAGCAAACUUAUGGAUGGAGCAUUCUUUGGCUUGGAUAAUAUCGAAGAACUAGAGCUGGAACAUAAUAACCUGACUGAAGUAAACAAGGGCUGGCUGUAUGGCUUGCGGUCGCUGCAACAGCUCUGUGUUAGUCAGAAUGCCAUUAACAGGAUCAGCCCAGAUGCAUGGGAGUUUUGCCAGAGACUUUCUGAACUGGACUUGUCAUACAACCAGCUGACCCGCCUGGAUGAAUCUGCUUUUGUGGGACUCAGCUUACUGGAAAAAUUAAACCUGGGUGACAACCGAGUCAGUCAUAUUGCAGAUGGUGUCUUUAAAGGACUGUCAAAUCUUCAGAUUCUCGAUAUGCGGAACAAUGAGAUCUCAUGGGCCAUAGAAGAUGCCAGUGAAGCCUUUGCAGGUCUCAACAAGCUCAGUAAAUUAAUCCUACAAGGAAACCAGAUUAAGUCCAUCAUAAAGAAAGCAUUCUCUGGCCUGGAAGCACUUGAACAUCUAGAUUUGAACAACAACGCAAUCAUGUCUGUCCAAGAAGAUGCUUUUUCUCAGACUCGCCUCAAAGAUCUGAUGUUGAACACCAGCAGCUUACUCUGUGACUGCCAGUUGAAGUGGCUGCCUCAAUGGCUCAGUGACAGUCAUUUGGAGCAGGCUGUUAACGUUAGUUGUGCUCACCCUGAGUGGUUAGCUGGGCACAGCGUUCUCAAUGUGGACCCUGAAGAUUUUGUCUGUGAUGACUUUCCCAAACCACAGAUAAGAGUACAUCCUGAGACCACAAUUGCUCUACGAGGCAUGAAUGUGACUCUGACAUGCACUGCUGUCAGCAGCAGCGAUUCACCAAUGUCCACGGCCUGGCGUAAGGACAGUGAAGUACUGUACGAUGCAGAGAUUGAGAAUUUUGCCAGGUAUCGACAGCAAGGAGGCGAGGUCCUUGAAUACAGCACCGUUCUACACCUUUUCAACGUGAAUUUCACCGAUGAAGGGAAAUAUCAGUGCAUUGUCACCAACCAUUUUGGUUCUAACUAUUCCAACAAAGCCAAGCUGACUGUCAACGAACUGCCUUCCUUCCUGAAAACCCCCAUGGAUCUCACAAUCCGUACUGGGGCUAUGGCUCGUCUGGAGUGUGCCGCAGAGGGCCACCCCACGCCCCAGAUCUCCUGGCAGAAAGACGGUGGCACGGACUUCCCAGCAGCGCGUGAGAGGCGUAUGCAUGUUAUGCCUGAAGAUGAUGUCUUCUUCAUUGCAAAUGUAAAAAUAGAAGACAUGGGAAUCUACAGCUGUAUGGCACAGAACGUCGCUGGAGGUCUGUCAGCAAAUGCCACGCUGACUGUGUUGGAAACCCCUUCAUUUGUGAGGCCUCUGGAAGACAGGACAGUAACCCGUGGGGAAACCGCUGUGCUUCAGUGUAUAGCUGGCGGCAGCCCUGCCCCACGCCUCAACUGGACUAAAGAUGAUGGGCCUUUAACGGUGACAGAACGGCACUUCUUUGCUGCUGCCAAUCAGCUCCUGAUCAUUGUGGAUGCUGGCCUGGAGGACGCUGGGAAAUACACAUGCAUCAUGUCCAACACACUAGGCACAGAGCGUGGCCACAUUUACCUGAAUGUCCUGUCUUCCCCAAACUGCGAUUCUUCCCAAGGUGGCAUUGUGCACGAAGAAGAUGGCUGGACAACGGUUGGCAUUGUGAUUAUUGUUGUGGUCUGCUGUGUUGUGGGCACCUCUCUGGUAUGGGUCAUAGUUAUCUAUCACAUGAGAAGGAAAAGUGAAGACUACAGCAUCACUAACACAGAGGAGAUGAAUUUACCUGCAGAUAUUCCCAGUUACUUAUCAUCCCAAGGAACUCUGUCGGAACCUCAGGAAGGCUACAGCAAUUCGGAGGCAGGAAGUCAUCAGCAGCUUAUGCCUCCAGCCAGUGGCUACGUGCAUAAAGGCACGGAUGGUGGCACAGGUCCAUUAGUGAUCUGCUCAGAUUGUUAUGACAAUGCCAACAUCUACUCCAGGACCCGAGAGUACUGCCCUUAUGCGUACAUCACAGAAGAUGACCCGCUGGAUCAAACCCUCUCCAAUCUUAUGGUGCAGAUGCCCAAGGAGACCUAUCCAACACAUGUCCAACAUGAAACCAGCACCCUGGACAAUCUAAUUGCAGACAGAGAGAUGUCCGUCUUCCUCACCAACCAUGACAGAAUAAGUGAGAAGAAACUCCCCUCUCAGCAGACGAAUGAACCUUUUCAGCUGCCCCUGUGGGGAAUAAACAAAGACCUUGGGCUGUCGCGGUCGCACUGCCUGCAUCAACAGUCAGUACACGAGGCCCCUCGAGCUCUCCGAGGCGAGGGCGUCCUUGACGACAACCGAGAGCAAGCUGCUUCACCCAGACCUUGCCACAGGUUAUGUGAGCAUAACUUUGAUUUUAAUAGGACUCGGAACGUUCAGGAUUACAGUGAAACUACAUAAGGCAGCAAGGAGAAACCUUGGAAGCAAGUUCAGACCAACUGACUCUAUUACUACCUCAGGAUUAACCCCAUGGCCAACGAUGCUUUAUGUGCAUGUCUACGAUUCCAAGUUGAGUGGACCAAGAUGGACUCUGCUACAAGUAGGAUAGUGACACGGGCUCUUGUCUCUGGGAUUUGCUGGUGUUAAAGACAGGAAGAUGCAGCGGUUUGGCUGUACGUCCUGGUGAAAGAAUAGUGACAGCCACGGCAAAAGUACAGGAAGGCGUAAAGUCUGAUGUGGGGACAGCCUUUGUGGAUACGCGUCUUGAAAAUGCUCCCAAGAAGGCAUAGCUAUUUCACGUUGCCUUCUGUGAUCGAUAGCAGCAGCAUUUAGGGUGUCCCUUUGGAAUUCGCUAGUGAUUGUAAGCAUACAGCUGUUGGCCAGCUUGCAUUCCUUCCGACUGUUAGCAGCACUUCGCAUUACUGUGUCAGUCUUAUGUUUUGGGGUUGUUCUUCCUCCUAUGACUAAUGAACUGUAGUUGUAAAUACAUUUGCAUUUAUAAAUAUUUUGUAUACACUAAGCAUAUACAUGUGUUGGCUGCAAUGUAAAUAUUUUUUAUUAUGCCAAAGUGUAUGUAUGCUGUUCUAAUUUUGACAGCUGUCUGUCAAACCAGAACUUUUAUGAUUAGGUUUUCUGAUACUGAAAGCUUGUUUCCAAAGGAUAGAGCUGUCUUCCCUGUUGGGAAGAACAUGGUGUCUUGCAGGCACAUUGGUGAAAGAGUGACCCUAAUGAAUUGUGCUCAUUUAUGUACAGCAGCAGAUGUCAGGCUUGACUAGUGUUACUGCAGCCUGCUCCCUUUUAGUAUGUACCCGGGAGGCCUGGGCCCCAGUCUGACCCGUUACACCUGACUGCAAAGUUCUGUGAGUCUUCUGUGUUGAAACCUGUCUGUUCCCUGCUACAGCAUGAAAUCCGACAGGAACCUUGUAGGAACAAACCUGAUUCUAAUCUGCAGCUUCCAGCAGCGCUCAUAGCAGCAGGCAGCAUGAGAUUGACACACCUCAGCAGUGUCUCCAAAAUGCAAAAUGACUCUUCUUCUUCAUGCACAUCUAAGGAAAUAAUACCAAGCGUAAAAGAGAGUUCUGAGUGGCUGAUGUCCUGCCAGCAUCUGAGCUUUCAUCUCUUUUAAAAAGCCUUCCUGGCCCAUAGGUUGCAGAGAGCUCCGGCUAAGUGAACAGUACCUUUUGAUUUGUCUUUAGUCCUUGGUUUGGCGGCCAUGAGUACAGGCACCUGAAUUAGGCAGGGGCCAGUUAGCUGUGCUGGAGGGUGCCAGCAGCUGCUUGGUGUAGACUGUCUUGCACCAACGCAGCUUGCCUUUUCCCAAGCCUGGUGUUCCCAGGCCUGGCUUUAUAGUAUGAAUAGCAGCA